CAAUUGUGUGGUAAGACGAUGAAAAGCACUAUCGGAGGGGUCUGGAUGGAAAUAGCAAAGUCGGAAAUAUCCGAGGUUUUUUCUUUUCAAGCCUCCGCCUUUGCGGGUGAGAUAGAGACGCCUCGCUGAACUCCGCUCUCUUAACCGCGACUCCGUGACCGCCGUCGCACGCGUACAUCACCUCAAGGUUGCCUUCCAAAGGAAAGUUUCUUCAGACCAUGGUUUCUUCAGCAACACUUGUUCAAGAAUUCGAUAAUUCUUUUUUCUCCUGGAAGAGGUUGAAAGUUUCAGAUUUUGAACAUCAAGAACUGGAUCUGCAUGUGGCCACAUCAACGCAGUCCAACACCAUGGAAUGCUCAUCUCAUGGGGGGCUUGUUUCUAGUUAUGCUUCUUCAUCUAGCUGCAGUUUGGAUGAAAAGACUUGUUCUAGUUCUGUUUUGGAGAUGAGUUGCCAGUUGAAUGGCAAUAGUGGUGAUAUUCCUGAGUCUAGCAGUGCUGGGGGGAUGAGUUCAUCCUCCCAGCAAAAGGAUUACUCUGGCUAUGUGCCCCCUAUUUUUGUGAGUGGAUGGAUGUAUGUCAAUGAAAAUGGACAGAUGUGUGGUCCUUAUAUUCAGCAACAGUUAUCUGAGGGUUUAUCUACUGGUUUCCUGCCUGAGGAUCUUCCUGUUUAUCCCAUUGUAAAUGGAACAUUAUUGAAUCCUGUACCUUUAAAGUACUUCAAGCAGUUUCCUGACCAUAUUGCCACUGGUUUUGCAUAUCUGGGCAUGGGUAUCUUAGGAGCAUCCAUGCCUACAAAUUGUUUUGCAUCUUUCAAUAUGAGUUCAGCUGUACAUGGGCAAGAAAGCCUUGUUCUGCUUGCUUCUCAAGUUACCCCUUGUCCAGAAGAACGGUUGGUAUCCCAUUCACAAGUCCCUUAUAUUGCUUAUAGUUCGAAUCUGCCUAUCUCAAAUUCCAAGGCAGAAAACCAUGAUCCACCGUUCCCACCACUGUCAGGGGAAGAUUCAUGUUGGAUGUUUGAGGAUGAUGAAGGGAGGAAACACGGACCACAUUCUCUUCAGGAACUUUAUUCCUGGCGUCACUAUGGAUACCUCUGGGAUUCAUUGAUGAUAUACCAUAUUGAAAAUAAGUUUAGGCCCCUCCCAUUGCUAUCUGUUAUCAAUGCUUGGAGAAUGGAUAAACCUGAAUCUGUCUCCGUGUCUGAUGUCAAAACUGAGAGUGGCUUGCUACUCAGCUUCAUUUCUGAAAUUUCUGAAGAAGUUUCUUGUCAACUGCAUUCUGGAAUCAUGAAAGCAGCUCGUAGAGUUGCGUUAGAUGGGAUAAUCAGCAAUGUCAUCUCAGAGUUCUCUAAUACAAGGAAAGCUCAUAGAAAUCCUAAGCUUAGUCACCAGGCUGCCAAAACUUCUUCGACAGAUGAAAAAAUGUCUGAAGUUCCUGGUGAGAGAAGGAAUGUUGUUCCUCCUGAGUGUCCCGCUGCAACUUGCGAACUUAGCUCUGAUCUGGCACAUGUUGAUCAGCUACCUGUGCAGUUACACAGAAGCACAAAAUCUGUUGGAAGCAUUGAUCAUUUCUGGGGUUGUUAUGCAAUUGUUUGUAGAAUUCUUUUUGAUUAUUGCAUGGAAGUCAUGUGGAAUGCUGUCUUUUAUGAUGUCAUAACAGAAUAUUCUACUUCCUGGCGGAAAAGAAAACUUUGGUUUGCUCAUCAAAAGAUUGGAAUCCCCGGUAGUGUCAGGGAUUUUGUCAAAGAGACUGAAUGUUUACCCAGUGAGCUUUGUUUCAAUGUUUUGCAGUUGCUAUCUAGGCAGGAUUCUUUUGAUGGCGAUUUUGACUGCCCUCCUGGUUUUGAUCCUGCGAUGGUUGAAAAAGAUAGUCAAUCUGAAUCACCUAGCAUUGCUUCAUUUGUGCCUUUGAUGGAGAAGGCAUCUAAACUGAACAGCCUAUCAUGCACUGAUGGUGCAUAUGAUGGCCUAAAAUGUAUCUUGGAGUAUGUAGAAAAUGAGCUACACAUGUCCAUGAAGCUGUCUUUGGUUGAAUAUGUUGAAGUUCUUGUCAAGGAGGAAGCGUGGAAGGUGGUUAAGUUCUCAGAGGAUGACAGAUUGAAUAAGGAGAUCUUUGAAUCUUCCGUACAUUAUCAUCAGAAAACUGAAAAAAGUUCUUCAGAAUUGCACAAUGAACUGAGAAUUGACGCCAAUAAAGUGACUGUUGAGACAUCCAGUGAUUUAAUACAAGCUGGGAAGCGCUUCAAUUCCUGUGCAUCUGAGGAUAUUUUGUCCAAUUUUCUUGCCAGUGCUUUUGAAAAGUCAUGGGCAGAAGUUAAUGACACAGUGGAUGAGCAAGAUAUUGAUGAACCUCCACUACCCGGAUCUGAAGAUAAUGUUAGAACACUUGUCCCAUCAACUACAUCUAAAUUCCGACCUUCAAGAUCAGAUGAGUCUAGUCCUAAGAUCAGAGAGUAUGUUGCCAUGGCAAUGUGCAGGCAGAAGUUACAUGAUGAUGUGCUAAGGGGGUGGAUAUCAUUGUUUAUUGAUGGUAUCCUUCAUCAAUAUCUCGGACUGCCUCGUACUUCAAAAGGACACUCUAAUAUGGAAGGGGCAUAUAAUACAAAUAAGGAACAUGACAGCACAACUCUUGCUUCACUAGAAAAAGCUAGGGAUGGAUCAAGGAAAUAUACGUACCACCGCAAGAAAAAAUUGGCAUGGAAGAAGUCGGGGUCAUCUACUCAGUCUAUGGCUCAAGUUGACGCAGGAUUUCAGCAUCAGCCUGUGGAGAAGUCAGGAAAGCAGCACUGUGUCAGAGAUGUUGCUGAGAAUGUAGCAGUGGAACCUGUUGUUGCAACUCUGAAGAAGAAGGAAAUAGCCAAGGGCCAGCGCCAGACUGAAUUAUCUGUUAAUGCUGGUCCUUUAAAAACUAAAAUUAAAAGCUGUCACCCAAGUGAUCAACCAUUGACCAAAAAUGCUACUUGUCAAAAGGAAAUAAAGAUUAAGCGCUCAGUUCCAAAACCUAAUAAUAAGCUCUCAGAACAUACUGUAAAACAUGCUGGGAAGAGUGUUUCAAACUUGAGUGAGGAUCUUAAUAAUGUUAAGAAGGUUAUUGAUAGCAACAGCAAUGAUGCUGGAAUCGAGGAAGCACCGGCUCAUUAUUCUGGACGGAAUCUAAAUGCAGCCAAGGUAUCAAAACUGAAAAGGAAGCAUUCAGCGGGUGAUGAUGCUGGAAUUGAGGAAGCACCGCCUCAUAAUUAUUCUGGACGGAAUCUAAAUGCAACUAAGGUAUCAAAACUGAAACGGAAGCAUUCAGAGGGUGGUGGGUCAGUGUCACAUCCUACGAAGAUUAUGAAAGUGGCCAAUGCUGCUUCCAAGCAAGUAGCAACUAGACAGGUUACGGUGCAGAAAAUAAAGUCUCGAAAAUUAAGGACUUCAAAUCCUGGCCCUAGGUCUGAAGGAUGUGCACGAUCUUCAAUUAAUGGCUGGGAAUGGCACAAAUGGUCUCUUAAUGCAAGUCCUGCUGAAAGAGCUCGUGUUAGGGGAAUUGACUUUGUUCAUGCCAAUUGUUCAGGUUCUGAGGCUUAUGCUUCUCAGUUAUCGAAUGGCAAAGUUCUUUCUGCUAGAACAAACAGGGUGAAGAUGCGCAAUCUUCUUGCUGCAGCUGAUGGUGCUGACCUUCUAAAAGCUACACAAUUGAAGGCACGAAAAAAGCGUCUACGUUUCCAAAGAAGCAAAAUUCAUGACUGGGGUCUUGUUGCAUUGGAGCCAAUUGAGGCUGAGGACUUUGUAAUUGAAUAUGUUGGGGAACUAAUUCGUCCUCGAAUAUCUGAUAUACGUGAACGUCUUUAUGAGAAGAUGGGAAUUGGAAGCAGUUAUCUAUUUAGACUUGAUGAUGGUUAUGUGGUUGAUGCUACAAAACGCGGGGGAAUUGCAAGAUUCAUUAACCAUUCUUGUGAGCCAAACUGCUACACCAAGGUGAUAACUGUUGAAGGGCAGAAAAAAAUUUUCAUUUAUGCGAAACGACUUAUUACUGCUGGGGAAGAAAUCACUUAUAACUACAAAUUUCCUUUGGAAGAGAAAAAGAUACCAUGCAACUGUGGUUCACGGAAAUGUCGUGGAUCAUUGAAUUAGGAUGCGUUCUGGGUUUCCAUUUCUGGCCAUUCUUAUUGAUUUGUUCCCCACUUAUUAAUCAAUUGACAUCAAGAGAAUGAAUAUAACUGUAAAGCUUGAGUUGGGGUUACCUGCUAGAUUUCUCUUCUGGUUUCUUAGUUAUUGAUUUUCGAAGUUAGCAACUGAGCGCGCUAUGAUGAUCAAGCAAAGUUGUUUCGUUGUAGCUUGAAAUUUCCAGAGGAGGUGGAUUGUUCUUCUGAACUACAUAACAUCCCUUGAUACUGCUGCUUGAAAGUUUUCUUGUGAUUCUGACAAGACGAAUGAGCUGCAAGCUGGCAGCAGAGUGCAUUGGCAAGGUUCACAACCAUUGGGGUUUCUUCAAUCCAGUAGUUCACAGCUUGGUUGUUAACUUGGUGAUGCAGCUGGCUGCGCUAGUAACUGUAGUAGGAAAUGGAAAAGUUUGGAAGCAACAGUGGAUGGGUGGAUGUGGUUUUUUGGGGCAGAAAUUUAGAUGGUUGUGAAUAUAGGCUUCCAUGAAGGCUUGAAUAUGUCAUUGUGGUGGAUUUUCCCUUGAAUUUUUUUAUCUACUUGGGGAGGAUGAGGUUCUGAUUCUUGUAAAUCUCCAUAUAUGUGCUGCAGAUGAGUUUCUCCUCUUAGAAACUCCAAAUCAGUUAUUUUUUGUUGCUUACAUGGCAUUUUUGGAAUAGAAAUUUGUUGUACAAACAUGCAUUAAUACAUUUAUUCUAUAAAAAAGUGAUUUUUAUAUAUAGAUGAAUUUUAAAAUGAUACCCAAUUAUAUUUGUUGGUAUUCUUUUUAGUGACAAAGUGCUGUUCUCUGCAACUGAACAUGUUCAUAUCUUGGAACUCGAUAUGUAAAUAGGAGAAAUAUAAGAAACGUGGGAUAUGUUAUCCUUCUGCCAUUAACUAAUAAUUAUGUACAGGGGGAACUCAGUUCAGUUGUUGUGGUAAAAACUUUUGAAGGCCAUUGGAUUUUAACCUUAUCUGUUGUUUCAACUGUGUUGAUGGGCAGCAAUCUUGAUCUUUGACUUGUAAAAUUAUGCAUUUCCGAAGUUGUGCAUUUGUUUAAGUUAUCAGGCCCAACAUCUCAUGUGAGUCAUGGCCUUAAUUUAAAAAAAAAAAAAAUUAAGUGUACUUAUGUGUAGAUUAUCAUUGGCAGUUAACGUGCUUGACAAGGAGUUGUCUGAUUGGACAAGCAAAAAAUUUUCCCACUGGCUUCAGUGGAAGGAUAACUUUGAUUAGCUUGUGCGGAUGUUCAUUAGAUAAACCGAUUUUAUUGUUAGAUAAAUAGGUUUUGAAAGGAAAUAAUUGGCAUGUAGUUGAAAGCUGGCCGAGUGGAAUCAAAAACAGAUUUAUAAGCGUCAGUUGGUUUGGCGGGGGAUUUCAAAGUGUUCGGCAGCAGUUUAAAUGGGGAUUUUAAUAUUAUUAUUAUUUUUUUGGGUGCAAAUUUAUAUUUUUUGAACGAGGAUCUGUGAAUUAUAUUUAAUUGUUUUUUUUUCGUAAUGAUCUUUUGGCUGCAGGGGUUCAAGUGUUCCAUUAUAGCUGUUGGUGUGGAGGUUUCUUGAUGCCUCUGGUAUGUUUCUGUUCCCUCAACCUUCCUUGUAGGAACGGCAAAGGCAAAUGGCAAACAUUUUGCCUUCGUAAAUUAUAACAAAAUUAUGGGGCGUCUCAUCUAAAUGAUUUUACCAGAUGCUAGUGCCAAGUACCAAUCGAGGUCCGCUCCUAAUAUUAAUGGAAAUGCGAUGCAUGCAAGGUUCACAAUUUUGUUUUUCCACCUUUACACAUGUAAAUACAUUCAUGUGUCUACUAUAAUUAACUAGUGGAGAAAAAAAAAAGAUAAAAAGUGGGCAUUGGGAUUCUUAUUAAUUUCUUAAAGGUGAAAAUGCUUUUAACGUAUAUCAUGCAUCUUGUGGCAUAAAUCCUUUUGGCCGCUGCUAGACGGUGAAACAGUGUAAUUUUGAGGAUUGGAAGUUCAAAAACAUUACGGAGUCCGAGCCAACGCGUUUUGCCUGGCACAUUUUACCAUUGCUAGUCCAAGCAAAGCAAGGGCAGGAAUUUUUAUCCUGAAAUUGCUUAAUCUUCUUGGUGGUUUGAAAUGACUAGGUGUUGCGCUUCUUAUACAUUUUGCCACUUAAUUAAGGAGUAACUCCGCCUGUGCCUUGCCAAUUCACAGCCGGUCCCAAGCCCGGAUAAAGGAGGAGGGUUGUGAUGAGUAAAUUAGAACCAUUUUAUGCUUUUGGUUUCUCCAAUUGAUUUUAUGUAACUUGGGUCUUGGUUAAGGCAUUAUGCUUAUGAAAUUACAUUCAAACUGAUGAGCGAAUAACUUGUACUUUUGGAAGUUACGUUAUAUUUUUUGAAGUUUUGAUUUUCCAUCUUAAAA